AUGGAUUAUGACUCCAACAUGGACGAUAGCAGGGACAACAAGAAGAACCGUUUCUCCAACACCAUGGCCUUCAUGGAGGAGUAUCUCAACAACGUCCUGCAUGAUGACGUGCCGUUCCACAACGAGGAAAAAAACAAGCUUACAUACGAGGUGGUAAGUUUGGCCAGACAUUUGAUCUACUUCGGCUUUUACAGUUUUUUUGAGCUACUCAGACUCACCAGGACCCUGCUGGGCAUCAUCGACUGCAGACCCAAUCCAGGACAGGCCGGUCUCCUAUUCCAUGAUGAUGCAUCAGGGAAGAAUGUAAAGCGCUCCCUACAUGGGAUGGGUCAGAUGAUGUCGACCAUGGUGCUCAACAGGAAACAAUCCAUAUUUGGAGGUGGAGUUUCCAGAGGGGCAGGGCUGGGGGCGGGACUUGUGCUUGAUGGACAAAGAGGCAGUAAAGAUAGUCUUGACAACAUGGACCUGACAGUGAUGGAUACCAAGCUGAAGAUACUGGAGAUAUUACAGUUCAUCCUGAAUGUCCGUCUGGACUACCGCCUCUCCUUCCUGCUGUCGGUCUUCAAAAAGGAGUUUGUGGACGUUUAUCCCAUGGCUGACGCUGAUGCUACCACUAAUAUGGAGCAUGCAGCCACCAUCAACCUGCAGUUCAUUGGUGAGCAGGCAGAGGCCAUGUUUGGAGUUGGUAAAGGGAACAGUAUCCUGGAGGUGGAUGAUGAAGGUGGCCGUAUGUUCCUGCGGGUGCUGAUCCACCUCACAAUGCAUGACUACGCUCCUCUGGUGUCUGCAGCCCUGCAGCUGCUUUUCAGACAUUUCAGCCAGAGACAGGAAAUGCUGCACACAUUCAAACAGGUCCAGUUGCUGAUCUCUGCUCAGGAUGUUGAGAACUACAAGUUGAUUAAGGCAGAUCUGGAUCGUCUCAGGACAUUGGUGGAGAAAUCUGAACUGUGGGUGGAGAAGAAGGGCUCAGGAGGAGGAGAAGGGAAGAAAGACAAGAAGGAAAAAACAGAGGGGGCAUCACAGGAGGCAACGCCCAAGAAGCAGCAAGUGAAGGAGGGUAACGAGAACUACCAGAAAGUCAAAGAGAUCCUGGAGAGGUUGCAUAAGAUGUGCAGCACUGGAGUUUGGAAGAAGCAGCAGAGGCUGCUGAAAAACAUGGGCGCUCAUAAAGUGAUGCUGGACCUGCUGCAGGUCUCCUACGACAAGAGUGAUGUGAAGAUGCAGGAGAUCAUCAAGUACACUCACCUGUUCCUGCAGAAGUUCUGUAUGGGGAACCAGGAGAACCAGGCUCUGCUGCACAAGAACCUCAACCUGUUCCUCAACCCUGGGCUCCUGGAGGCGGAGACGGUGCAGCACAUCUUCAGUAAUAACUACCAGCUGUGCAGCGAGAUCUCAGAGAGCGUCCUGCACCACUUCAUCCACUGCCUGGCGACUCACGGUCGCCACGUCCAGUACCUCAACUUCCUCCACACCAUCAUCAAGGCCGAGGGCAAGUACGUCAAGAAGUGUCAGGACAUGAUCAUGACCGAGUUAACGAACGCCGGCGAGGACGUGGUCGUCUUUUACAACGACAAAACCUCCUUUAAAGUCAUGCUGGACCUGAUGGCGGCGAGUAGGGAGGGCAUCAGCGAGAACAGCCCACUCAGGUAUCACAUCUCUCUGGUGGAGCUGCUGGCUGCCUGUGCAGAGGGGAAAAACGUGUACACUGAGAUCAAAUGCACCUCGCUGCUGCCCCUGGAGGACGUGGUCAGAGUGGUGACGCAUGACGACUGCAUCACUGAGGUGAAAAUUGCCUAUGUGAACUUUGUGAAUCACUGCUACGUGGACACAGAGGUGGAGAUGAAGGAAAUCUACACAUCCAACCACAUCUGGAAACUGUUUGAGGACUUCACUGUGGACAUGGCUCGAGUCUGUAAUAACCGGGAAAAGCGUCUUGCUGAUCCGGUCCUGGAAAAAUACAUCAUCGCCGUGGUUUUUGACACCAUCAACGCCUUCUUCAGCUCACCUUUCUCUGAGAACAGCACUUCCCUGCAGACUCAUCACACCAUCAUGACUCAGCUGCUUCAGUCGUCUGUCAGGCUGCUGGACUGUCCGUGGUUGCAGCAGCAGCACAGAGGGCAGGUGGAGGCCUGCAUCAAGACGCUCGCUGUGACAGCUAAGAAUCGCUCCAUCUCUCUGCCUUUGGAUCUGGAGGCUCAGAUCAACUCCAUGCUGUCCAGUUCGGCUUUGAACUCUCUGUCACGCAGCAAUCCAAACUAUAAAUCCUCCUCCCGCAGCAUCCGCCCCAGCGCUCCCACCAACCCCUGGGACUACAAGAACAUCAUAGAGAAGCUGCAGGACAUCAUAAACACUCUGGAGGAGCGUCUGAAGCCGCUGGUGAAUGCUGAGCUCUCCGUGCUGGUGGAUGUCCUCCAUCAGCCGGAGCUCCUGUUCCCGGAAGGCACUGAUGCCCGACAGCGCUGCGAGUCUGGAGGAUUCAUUUCCAAGUUGAUCCAGCACACCAAGGCACUGAUGUCUUCAGAGGAGAAGCUGUGUAUCAAAGUCCUGAGGACUCUGCAGGAGAUGCUCAUCAGGACUCUGGACUUUGAUGAAAAGGGGAUAGCACUGCGGAAGGUUUUACUGCAGAACUACUUGUUUCCGAACAAGAAGAACAACUCAAAGAAUGACCUGGCUGAACUCGGAGCUACAGGGGCUGAACAGGAGCGGGACUGGGUGGCGGUGGCAGCAAUUCAGUGUCGUCUGGACCGGGAAGGAGGAACGAAGCUGUUCACGGAUCUGGUGAUGAGCACCAAGAAUGACAAGAUCUUCCAGGAGAGCAUCCAGCUGGCCAUCUGUCUGCUGGAGGGAGGAAACACUGAGAUACAGAACUCCUUCUACAAACUGAUGAUGGGCGACAACAAGUCGGAGAAGUUCUUUAAAGUGCUUCACGACAGGAUGAAAGAAGCUCAGUCCGACAUUAAAGCCACAGUUUCUGUUAAUGUUGGAGAGGUGACGCACAAGGCCAACGAGAAGGAGCUGGAGAAUGGCAGCGCCACCACUCUGGUACUUUCGGGUACGGGAGGUCACCAAAUGUUGGUACCAGGUGCGUCGAUUGCUCCAGGCACCUCCACCCUGCCAGCUCAGCCUGCUGCAGAACAGAAGGAGGUGGAGACAGAGAUGGGGCCCGCUGUUACCAUCAUGAAGCCAAUCCUGAGGUUCCUACAGCUGCUCUGUGAGAACCACAAUCAUGACCUACAGAACUUCCUGCGUUGCCAGAAUAACAAAGCCAACUACAACCUAGUGUGUGAGACUCUUCAGUUCCUAGACAUCAUGUGUGGUAGCACGACGGGUGGUCUGGGCCUGCUGGGCCUGUACAUCAAUGAAUCAAACGUCCACCUCAUCAUUCAGACCCUGGAAACACUUACAGAGUACUGCCAGGGACCCUGCCAAGAGAACCAGACAUGUAUCGUGACCCAUGAGUCCAACGGCAUCGACAUCAUAACAGCUCUGAUCCUGAAUGACAUCAGUCCUCUGUGUCGCUAUCAGAUGGAGAUGGUGCUGCAGCUGAAGGACAACGCCUCCAAGCUGCUGCUGGCUCUUAUGGAGAGUCGUCACGACAGCGAGAAUGCAGAGAGGAUUCUGUUAAACCUGCGGCCACGAGAGCUGAUUGAGGUGAUAAAGAAGGCCUACAACCAGGAGAGCGAAUGUGAAGGGGUGGAGGUGGAGGCUUCUCCUCAGGAGGUGGGACACAACAUCUACAUCCUGGCUCAGCAGCUGGCGAGACACAACAAAGUCCUGCACAACCUCCUAAAACCUCCAAAGAACAGUAAAGAGGGUGAUGAGGGCAUCUCCUCCAUGCUGAACUUGAACAACCGGCCUCUGUCCCAAAUGUUGAAGUCCUCAGCUCCAGCUCCUGUGGUGGAGCAGGACCCGCUGGAGUACUACGAGCAGCUGACCGCACAGAUAGAGAUUGUUCGGGAGGACCGCAGCAUGGAGCAGAUUGUGUUUCCUGUUCAUCCCAUCUGUGAGUUCUUGACAGAGGAGUCAAAGGUCAGAGUGUUCAACACCACCGAGCUGGACGAGCAGGGGUCAAAAGUCACGCAUUUCUUCGAGCAAACGUCCUUCCUGCACGGAGAAAUGGAGUGGCAGAAAAAGCUGAGGAGUAUGCCGGUGUUGUACUGGUUCUCCAGGAGGAUGACUCUGUGGGGAACUGUUUCCUUUAAACUUGCCCUCUUCAUCAACCUCAUCAUCGCUUUCUUCUACCCCUACGACUCCGGAAAAGGCGCGAUAGAUGACUCUCUGUUACUGAUGCUGUUCUGGAUCCUGACCGGCCUCUCGGUCCUGGGUUUGUUCUCUCAGCGUUACGGCCUCACACCGCUCACCGUCGCUCUGAUCAUCAGGUCCAUCUACCACCUGGGCAUUGGCAACACACUCAUACUGCUGGGAACACUCAAUCUGAUCAAUAAAGUGGUGUUUGUGGUGAGUUUUGUUGGGAACAACGGCACAUUUAUUAUGGGAUACAAGGCCAUGGUGAUGGACGUGGAGUUCCUCUACCACCUGGCGUAUGUCCUGACCUCAACGCUCGGGCUCUUCGUUCACGAGCUCUUCUACAGCAUCCUGCUUUUUGACCUGAUCUACAGGGAGGAGACUCUGUUGAACGUGAUAAACAGCGUGACGCGUAACGGUCGCUCCAUCCUGCUCACGGCGUUGCUUGCUCUCAUCCUCGUCUACCUCUUCUCCAUUGUGGGCUUCCUCUUCCUGAAGGACGACUUCAUAAUGGAGAUCGACCUGCUGCCACAGAUCGCUGCAGGUUCUGAAAAUAAUGAAGCCUCUCAGGAUUUCCUCAAGUCAUGCGCUGCAGACGGAGUGGGCUGCAGUGCAGAGACCAACACUGAAGAGGAAGAGAUGGCCAACUCUGAACGUGCGUGCGACACUCUGUUGAUGUGUAUCGUUACUGUGUUGAACCACGGACUGAGGAACGGAGGAGGAGUGGGAGACGUCCUCCGCAAACCAUCCAAGAAUGAGCCGCUGUUUCCUGCUCGAGUCGUGUACGACCUGCUCUUCUACUUCAUCGUCAUCAUCAUCGUCCUUAACUUGAUCUUCGGUGUCAUCAUCGACACGUUUGCAGACUUGAGGAGCGAGAAGCAGAAGAAGGAGGAAAUUCUGAAGACGACGUGUUUCAUUUGCGGUCUCGAGCGAGAUAAGUUUGACAACAAGACGGUGUCCUUCGAAGAGCACAUCAAACUGGAGCACAAUAUCUGGAACUACCUCUACUUCAUCGUUCUGGUGCGCGAGAAAAACAAGACCGACUACACAGGACCGGAGAGCUACGUAGCUCACAUGAUCAAGAACAACAACCUGGACUGGUUUCCACGCAUGCAGGCCAUGUCCCUGGUGGUAACAGACAGCGACGGCGAGCAGAACGAGAUGAGGCAGUUACAGGACAAACUGGCAUCGACCAUGAAGGUGGUGACGACUCUGACCGCCCAGCUGACGGAGCUCAAGGAGCAGAUGACGGAGCAGAGGAAGAGGAGGCAGAGGAUGGGCUUUGUCGACGUCCAGGGUGGAGGAAGCGCUGCGAUGCCUCCCAGCGCCGCAGGAGGAAACCAUCAGAUCUACAAAACAUAAAGACAGACUCUGAUCAACACACAGAAAGACUGAAUGUUCACUACAAGUUCCACAUCUGUAAACCAUGCAGCUGGACUGAUGGACGCUAAGACAAACACUAGAACGGAGCUGCAGCACAUGCAGCUUUCACACAGCUUGGACUUCCUUUGAUAUGCAGCAAUACAGACUUUUUGUUCAUAAAAAGCAACUUUUUGUCUUGUGUUGAAAUGAAACAUCCAACACACACUGAUCACUUUCUGAAGCAGCAGAUGUUAUUGAUAUUUUGCUGGUUGAUCAUUCGCUCAGAUUAGCGGCUCUUGUUCAUCCAGGCUCAGACCACACCACAAAUUUAGCCCUAAAUUUUCCCGCAGCGGGGCUCUGAAGCAUUCUGGUCUCAGUCUUGUUUUCUUCUCUGCUUCGAUUUAAAAGAAACUCUUUAAACGCUUUAUUUUUUUCCUUACAGCAGCGUCAGUUUGGGGAUUCUUUCUAAAUUUACAUUUAAUUUACUUUAUAAAGCUUACUGAUGGAAACAUCACAUAACUGAGGUUUAUGGCUUCAACUGAAAAAUGCAUUUUUGAAAACAAAACCCUUCCCACCAAUUUAUCCCCAUGGAAACAUUAGGGGCUAUAAUUUUUGGCUAUAAUUUUUGAAGACAUUUAUGUUUAUGUGAAUAUUUCUUGUAUGAAAAUAUGCUGUCCCUUGUUUUUAACCAAUGUUUGGUAGAAUGUGAUGCACUGCUACUACCUGAAAGUGGCUGUGAUGUACUAAAAUGUUUGCCAGUAAUCGCUGAACAGCAAAAAUAGAAGAAAGUGUCGGUAACUGACCGACCAGUAAAAUGUGAGAUUAGCUGCUACUGCGCAAACGAGCCAAAGACGACUGCAGUUCUUGUGCUGCAUUUGGUCAAAUGAAUAACAAGUAAAGCCAGCAUGUCACAGGUCUACCACAGCUAUGCAAGUCAUUGAGAUCAGUUUGGGAGGGUGAUGGUCUUUUGGAAUAUUCAAACAGUAUUUUUGCUUGAAAUGGCCAUCCCAAGAAAAUCCCUUGUUGCUGCACUUCCAACCCAAAGCAGCGAUUUCACUCUGACACGGACUUCUGGAGACACCACGGCCGAGUAAUCGCUGCUGUUAUGCUUCUUUAAAGUCUUCCUGAGGGGCACGCGGAUACUUGGUAAAGUCCCUGCAGACAACAAAAACCCGGCAGGCAUGUGGACACCUGCUCAGACCCUCCCACUCAACGUCUGAUAAAAAAAAAUUACCUCACUCACAGAUGCAGAAAUUAUAACACCCACAUUAAUGUCCACGUGAGGUACUUUGUUUGAUGAAAUGUAUUAAUUUCCAAACGGAAGUACUUAGAAAAGUCUAAUUUCAUCAUUUGCUUCUAAGUUACUAAUAUUUCGUGCUAAUAUUUCAUGCUCAGCUUUCAUUAAUGAGCGGCUCGUUUCACUUGGAAAAAACUGUAAAUACCGACAUCCACACAGUAGGGGGUGCUAUAGGAAGUGGUCCAAGCAUUUUGUUUCUAACAUGCAGUCAGAAAGAAAUGAGAGCAUCGAUGCAGCUAAAGAAAAGUCUUUUUUUAACCCAUCUGAAAGUUUAUAGUUGGAGCUCCUUUUUAAUUAUUACUUAGAUUAAAUGUUUGUUGGCUUUAGAAAAAAAAGAGGAGGAGCUUAAGGAAUCUAAACUUCCUGUUUUGGAUGUGCUCAAAUUCUUGUUUAUAAAAAAUAACAGAUGUCAACUCACUUUAGUAACUAAGAAAAUGUAAAUGCAAAUGAAUGUGCAGCUUCUGUUUGCUGAUUUCUUUUGUGCUUUUGUUUGUGAAGCUGAACCCACGUGUGCGUUUUAUUGUAACUCUGGGAAACUUGUAGUUCUUAAUGCUUUUAUGGUUUCUCUAUGAUAAUGUUUAAGUAGGCAGAGGAUGUGGUUUGUAACACUGUAACAGCUCGGUGCAGACACUGGACGGUGGGUUUAUGAGCCGUCGAGCACAGAGAAAAGAAGUAUGAGCUAUGAAGAAGAAAAUGCACGUUUUCUCACUUUUGGUUUAAGUAAACUUUAUUUAAAUCAUACACAGAUGUUAAAGUUAUGUGGUUUUAGUUUAAGUUUUGGGUUUACUCAGAUCUUAAAAAAUAAAUAAUUUACUCCAGCUGGUAUUUUAAUAUUGAUUUUGGGGUUUGGGAUACAAAACUUUAAAGACUUGCAGAUAAAACAAAUAACAGGACUGAAUAUGCUCAAAACUCCGAAGAUCCAGACAAACAUUAAGGAAAAAUAUUAAAUGUAUUUUGGCCUGCCAGAAUCAUCAUGGGCAUUCUGCACGUUAACGUUUUGAAAGGAUUUUUUUUUCUU